AGCUGGGAGCGGGUCGUGGUUGGCAUCAGUUGUGCGGUGGUCGUAUGGACGUGAGGAUGGUGAGUUUUUUAGGACGUCGUCUCUUCUUUAAUUAUUAAUAUUCGCAGAUUGACGUUAAAUCAAAGAAACAGUGUUAGUUGACGUAGGAAUGAGCGAAUUGGGUGUUUUGGUGCCAGAAGAAAAAGCAACGUAUGUGACGUCGUCUCGUAUGGUAGAAACUGCGCCCUCUACCGAUUCUCCGCUGGACGAAGAAUGUAAACAGAAAAACGGACGUAGGACGUUGAGUGAGAAGGAGGCUUCGUCGCGAAAGAAAAAGCAUAGACGCGGAAAAACGAAAAAGCGGAGGUGGAAACCUUAUUAUAAAAUGUCGUGGCAGGAGAGAAGAGAAUUAGAAGAAAGGGAAACGCUUCGAGCCAAUCGUAUUAGGGCCGAAAUGUUAGCUCACGGACAACCGUUAGCACCUUACAAUACUACUCAGUUCUUGAUGGAAGAUCACAAUGUUCAAGAGCCGAAUUACGAACACAUCCCAAACGGUCACAGGCAUAAUAACCGAGAAAAUAGCGUAGAUUCUUCCGACGAAUAUUACAGUUCGCCGGAAGACGAGGAAGAUUUCUUACAGAAGCAGUUUACGGAAGCGUACGAUAACAUUCAUGCCGAACGCUUAAAUGCCAUGUCUAAAACAGAACUUGUACAAGAAUAUAUUUUGUUGGAAGAUAAAGUGGAAGAACUAGAAAAUCAAUUGAAGAACGCCUCGCGUUGUCCCAAUGAUAGGUUAACGGCUGAACAAGAAGUGCAAACAGUGUUAGAAGAUCAGUUCGAGAAAGUUCGUAUCUUCAAAGAGGAGAUUAAAAAAUUGACAGAUGAAAAUAAUCGCUUGAAAAGCGAAAACGAAUUGUUAAGAAGUCGGGUAGCCGAGAACGAUCGCAUUUCUUAGAAAUUACGGCAUUUCAUUCAUUUUGUAAUUACGUCAUCAUUUGUAGAUAGUUCUCUCUACAGUUUGACGUUUUUUUCAUUUUUUAAUUGACGAAUAUAUUUUUUUUCGUUGUUGUUUUCUACAUCAAUACUGUCAAAUGUUUCUGGAACCAAGUAGAUCUGGACAACCGAUUUGUUUGUAUACAUGACGACCAUUUCAUUGGAGAGAGCGUAUCAUUGUCAUUUAGUCAUUGAGUUGUGUAUAUGUCAAGAUUAAAACACUUUUGUUCUUUCCAGUUUUUGAGUGACCAAUAA